AUGGCAACACUCUACCCCUCCCUGGAGGACAUGAAGGGCCACCAGGUCCUGCAGGUCAGAGCUGAGAGGGGAGCUGACACACUCUCUGUAUGUCCCACAGCACCACCUGUGCUGUACCCUAACCUGGCCGAGCUGGAGAACUACAUGGGGCUUGCUCUCUCCAGUGAGGAGAUCCAGAAGAACCUGCAACCAGAGGACAGCACUGUAGGUGUCUGGGCUGGUGGCUCUCCCUACCCCAUUUGGAGUCCCCAUGCCAUGAUGGGGCUGGUCGCCCCCCUGAGCGGGAACAGCGUGGGGCUGCGGCGGGCAGAGAUCAAGCCAGGCGUGCGGGAGAUCCACCUGUGCAAGGACGAGCGGGGCAAGACAGGGCUGCAGCUGAAGAACGUUGACCAGGGCAUCUUUGUGCAGUUGGUGAAGGCCAACUCUCCAGCAGCACUGGUGGGGCUGCGCUUUGGGGACCAGGUGCUGCAGAUCGAUGGCAGGAACUGUGCAGGCUGGAGCAGUGACAAGGCACAGCGGGCGCUGAAGAAGGCAAACCCUGAAAAAAUUGUCAUGGUGGUGCGGGACAGGCCUUUCCAGCGCACUGUCACUUUGCACAAGGACAGCACUGGCCACAUUGGCAUUGUGGUGAAGAAGGGGAAGAUCGUGUCAUUGGCCAAGGACAGCUCUGCUGCCCGCAAUGGGCUCCUCACCCACCACUGCAUCUGUGAGGUGAACGGCCAGAACGUCAUCGGCAUGAAGGAUAAGCAGCUCACAGAGGUGCUGGCAGGGGCUGGGAAUGUGGUGACACUGACCAUCAUCCCCACAGUGAUCUAUGAGCACAUGAUCAAACGGCUCUCAUCAGGACUAGUGAAGUCAUCCAUGGACCACUCCAUCCCUGACCUGUGA